AUGGCACCUAUUGAAACUGAAAUCCCGGUCAUUGACCUGGCCAAAUUGGAGACCGACUUCAACGGCACGGCGCAGGAGAUCAAAGAUGUUGCGGGAAACUGGGGGUUUCUGUAUGUGAAGAACCAUGGCGUUGACCAGGAAAAGAUCGACCGCAUGUUUGAGAUUCAUGACCUGUUCUUCAACAAGACUGCCCAGGAAGAAAAGGAGUCGACUCCAUGGAACAGUAUCGACAAUGCCGGCUACGACAACCGCAGGAACAGACCGUACCGGGACCCCAAGACCGGUGUUGAGAAGCCUGGCGAUCCCAAAGAAUCAUUUGUCUGCCGCAAGGAAUCCUCGCUGGAGCACCCGUACCCGCCAACGCUGGCCAAACUCAAGCCGGAAAUCCAGUCGUUCAUGCGCGAAAUCCACGACAAGAUUGCCAUGAACAUCCUCAAGUGCCUCUCGGUCGCCGUCGGCCUGCCCUCCGACUACCUGGGCAAUCUGCACAAGUACGACGACCCGUCCUUCACCACGCUCCGGCUGAUGCACUACCCGGCCUCCGACGGCCCCGUGGACCACGACACCCGACUCCCCGCGCACACCGACCACGACGUGAUCACGCUCCUCUUCCAGCACCGCAUCAUGGGCCUCCAGGUGCGGCCGCCGCACUACUCGGGCCCGAUCGCCGAGGAUGAAGAGUGGCUUGACGCGCCCAUCAUCCCGGGCGCCGUGCUGAUCAACAUCGGCGAGACCUUGAGCUUCUUGUCCGGGGGCGUCAUGAAGAGCACCUGGCACCGUGUCGUCAAGAGUCCCCGGCCCGAGGACUGGGGCAAGGAGAGGUUCUCGAUGGCGUACUUCUGCCACGCCACCGAGUCCACCCGGUUGAAGUGUAUCGAGGGUAUCCAGGGCGCCGAGAAGCGCGAGGCCCCCGUCUCCUGUGUCACGGGCAAACAGGUCGAGACCGUCAGAGAUUGGAUCCAGCACCGUCAUUCCUACCGUGGCUAUGUGUUGGAGACUAAGCCGCCGGCGCCCGUAGCCAUGACUGGGAUCACGGUGUAG